AAGUGAUUUAAUCGAAAAUAAAAAAAUAUAUAAAUAAAAAAAAAAGCGUGAGGGAGCAACGCUUUUGGAAGAACGCAAUUUGUGAAUAUUUUAAUCGUGCAUUCACUUUGCGCCAAAAACAGAGAGACAGCGGAAAAAGAAGAGUUAAUUGAAUCAGAAAAAACAAUAAAAAUAAAAUAAACUAAACUGAUAAAAUUCAGCGGCAUGUUUGCCAGCAGCAGCAGCAAUGGCGGCGGCGGUGAGGGAGGCAGCAGCGGAGGAGGAGGAGGCAGUGGCGUUGGCGGUGUCAAUAGCUCCGGCGCCAGUGGCAGCAUUGAGCUAUUGUUGCCACCGAGUGGCAGUAGCAGUAUCAGUGGCAGUGCCAGCUUUAGCAGCAGCAGCGGUACCAGCGGCACGCACAGUACAGCCUGCAGUGAGAGCAACCACAACAACAAUAAUAAUAAUAAUAAUAAUCACCAACAACAGAGCUUACAAAUAAAUGGUAAUAGCAACAUAAACAGCAACAGGAAUUACAGCAUUAGCAAUCCAGUUCACACUAACAGCAGCAGCAACAAUAAUCACAGCAGCAGCAACAUCAUCAGUGGCAUUUGCAACAGCAUUUGGCGUACGGCAACAUUUGGCAGUGCCACACCUGUAAUUAAUCCCUUGCCAAAUGCAAAUCUUAAUCCUAAAACACUGGAGACAAGCAGCAGCAGCGGCAGCGAUAGUUCCUCGAUGAGCUCCUCCGAGGAGCAGCAAAGGACACUGGGCAACCUUACGCUCGAGCUUGAAGAACAGGCACAAACAUUCCUGGGCGCCACCGAACUGGACGAUGAGUUAAUCAAACAACUGCCAAAGGAGGUACUGCUGCGCGUCUUCUCCUACCUAGAUGUGGUGUCACUAUGUCGCUGUGCACAGGUAUGCAAAUAUUGGAAUGUGCUGGCCCUCGAUGGUUCUAGCUGGCAGAAAAUCAAUUUAUUCGACUUUCAACGUGAUAUAGAGGGCCCAGUGAUUGAGAAUAUAUCGCAGCGAUGCCGCGGAUUCCUCAAGUCACUAUCGCUGCGUGGCUGUCAGUCAGUGGGAGAUCAGUCCGUGAGAACUCUAGCGAAUCACUGCCACAAUAUCGAACACUUGGACCUGUCCGAAUGCAAGAAGAUAACCGAUAUAUCCACACAGUCCAUCAGCAGAUAUUGUUCCAAAUUAACGGCCAUUAAUUUGGAUUCGUGCUCCAACAUAACCGACAACAGCUUAAAAUAUUUAUCCGAUGGCUGUCCCAACCUCAUGGAGAUCAACGUGUCCUGGUGCCAUUUGAUCUCCGAAAAUGGCGUCGAAGCGCUGGCCCGCGGCUGCGUCAAGCUGCGAAAAUUUAGCAGUAAAGGUUGUAAACAGAUAAAUGACAAUGCCAUAAUGUGCCUGGCCAAAUACUGUCCCGAUUUAAUGGUGCUAAAUCUACAUAGCUGUGAGACCAUCAGCGACUCAUCGAUCCGGCAAUUGGCUGCAAAUUGCCACAAGCUCCAAAAACUGUGCGUGUCCAAAUGCGCGGAUCUCACCGAUCUCUCGCUCAUGUCGCUAUCGCAGCACAAUCAUCAGCUAAACACCUUGGAGGUGUCCGGUUGCCGCAAUUUCACGGAUAUUGGCUUCCAGGCGCUGGGGCGUAACUGCAAAUAUCUGGAGCGAAUGGAUUUGGAAGAGUGCAGCCAGAUUACAGACCUAACGCUGGCCCAUCUUGCCACCGGGUGUCCCAGUUUGGAGAAACUAACCCUUUCCCACUGUGAGCUCAUCACGGACGAUGGCAUAAGGCACCUCACCACCGGCAGCUGUGCCGCUGAGAUUCUGUCUGUGCUCGAGCUGGACAACUGCCCAUUGAUCACAGACCGAACGCUGGAGCAUUUGGUGUCCUGCCACAAUCUGCAGCGUAUCGAGCUAUUCGAUUGUCAGCUCAUCACCCGCACCGCCAUAAGAAAGCUUAAAAACCAUCUACCAAAUAUCAAGGUGCACGCCUAUUUUGCACCCGGAACACCGCCGGCGGUUACCAGUGGACAUCGACCGCGGUAUUGCCGCUGCUGUGAGAUUCUCUGAGAUACGGCCAUUGGCUUUGCCAGAAAGAUAAUGCGCAAGACAGCAACUGACUGAUGCUGGUGGCCGGUGUGCAUCGUCAUGUUUGCCAUGGUGUUCAGUUUGACCAUCGUUUCGAUGAUCUGCAUGCAUAUGCUAGGACUGCUCGAUGCGGCGAUGCAACAGCAGCAGCGGCAUUAAAACGCAAAACCUAAUCUUAGUUUUAGUUUUUUGAGAGCAAGUUUUGUAAAAACUUGCGACGAAAACCAGCAUCAAAUUGUGAUUAUUUUAUUUAAUAUUGCUACUAUGUUAACUAGAAGACCCCUCAGUUUUGUGAAAUCUGUGUAUUAGCGUGUCCCCUCUCACCCUAAGAGCUCUGUGUUUAUUUGUUAUUAACUUGCAGCCCGACGAAUUGCUAGCUUAAUAAUAUAAUAGCCCCUUGUAUAUAUAACUAUAUAUAUGUAUGUAUAUCUAUCAGCUUCAGGUCGUUCCGCUGAAUGUUCUGUGUCUAGCCUUAGCGAAAUGUAAUUGUACAGAGAUGCCAUAGAAAUUGCUGGGAGACUUUAAAAGUAUGAACGAAAAUUAAUUUAAAUAUUUUAUUUACAAAAGUUUUUAAGUUAUUUUUAAAUCUUUAGCUUUUUCUGUGGCAUCUCUUUUUCAAUGCGCUUAGUUUUAAACUCUAUUUUUCGUCACUCGCAUGCGCCUGUAUUAAAUGUUUGCUAAAUUAUAAACUAAAUUAUUGAAAAAACAUCUGGAUUAGGAAGGGAUUUUAUCACUCACUCCGGAACAUGUCGAUAGAACCACAAAGCGUUCACAUAAUUACACAAAACAUAACAGGAAAGCCACAGAAAUCGCGCUAGGAGAUAUAAAAUAUGAAUAAUUAUUUAAAAUUAUGUUUUGUUACUUUUCAGAAGCGAUUUCUGUCCUGCUUUCUUCAAUAUAUAUAUAUAUGUCAAGUCUAGUGCCAGCAGAAAAUAUGUUCAGCAAAUUAGCAUUAUUCUGUAUGUAUAGCCAUGUAUAUUACACAACGAACAAACAAAUAGAUCAUCGUCUGCCCUACCCACACAUCAAAAUAACUAAAUAAAUCGAUAUAGAAACAACCAUUCUUACUUAGAAAUUCAGGAAGGUCAAGGGAAGCUCUAUUGAUUGUAAAAUCCUUUGAAAUGAAAGAAAGCAAGAUUAAAAAAUAAAUAAUAAAAUUAAAUAAGUUAAAGCACACAUUUCCAAUGGAUUUCAACAGCUUUAGGGUUUUCUGGUGGCACUUCUGGUGCAUAAAGUCUAUAUAUAUUUUGUAAAAAUGUGAAAUAUAAGGGUUCCUUAGCUCACAGUUUGGGUAAACAACACACUACUAAUUAGUUUAGUUUAAUUAUACGCUUGGAUUAUCGAUUUCCACAACCGAAGGUUUCCCCUCUGAACUAUGUAUAUGCCCAAAUCCUCAAAAGAUCGAACCGAACCCGAGCUGUGAGCUGGGGAUGUAGCUCUUAACCCAUUCCGAUGCUCACUUAAUCCUAGGAACCACUCCCAAAACACAGAUAAGCACAAUAAACGCAAACAAAUGAUGCCAGAUGA